UCUUUUCCACUUUUAUGCUGUCUCUCUCUCUGACACCUUUUCAAUUCUAUUCCCUUUAAACUUUUUGAGUCCCUCCAAAAGGGUAUCUUUUUAUUUUUAACGUGCCCUCACACAACUCCUAACCCAAACUGCUCAUCUCAUCUCCUUGUAGAAGUUUUCUAGUGUUCUGGGCUUCUGGUUGCAGACCCUUACACACUCCCUCUUCUUGAACUCCUGUGUGCUCAUCGGAAGUUGAUAUGAAAGAGCUCAGCUUUUUACAGUGCAUGUAAUCUCUUAAGAGCUGAUGUUAAUAAAAUCAUGCAGCUGUAUCAUCACCCAUACUCUUUGGAUAGCCAAAAGGUGAGACUUGCCCUGGAAGAGAAAGGUAUUGAUUACACAUCAUACCAUGUCAAUCCUAUAACAGGCAAGAACAUGGACUCCUCAUUCUUCAGGAUGAAUCCAAGUGGAAAACUCCCUGUUUUCAAGAAUGGUGCUCACAUCAUUUUCAGCACUAUUGAGAUAAUCCAGUAUAUAGAAAGAAUUGCUAUUGUCUCGUCAGGUGGCGACAACAUCCCCUUUAGUGGCAGAGAAGUUGUAGAUUGGAUGCAGAAGAUACAAGACUGGAACCCUAAGUUCUUCACACUUUCCCACAUCCCAGAGAAGUACCGGUUCUAUGUGUCCAAAUUCAUAAGGCGGGUGGUGAUUUCUCGGAUGGCCGAACAUCCUGAUCUAGCUGGAGCUUACCAUCAGAAGCUAAGAGAAGCAUAUGAGACAGAAGACAAGUUGAAAAACCAGGAUGUUUUGCGACGGAGCAAGGAGCAUUUAAUUAGACUUCUUGAUGAAGUGGAAACACAGCUGAACGAGACAGAGUAUAUAGCAGGGGAAGAAUUCAGCAUGGCAGAUGUGAUGCUCAUUCCAGUGCUGGCUCGUUUAGUGCUCUUGAAUUUGGAAGACGAGUAUAUAAGCAGCAGGCCAAACAUUGCUAAGUACUGGAUUUGGGUGCAGCAGAGGCCUAGUUAUAAAAAGGUUAUUGGGAAGUACUUCGAUGGCUGGAGAAGGUACAAAACACUAAUAAAAACUUGGUGCUUUGUUCGUAUCAGAAGUAUGCUAAAAAGAUAUUGAUAAAUUAUAUAUAGAUCACAGUUGACAGAAUGAACAGUGAGAUAAAUUCAAAGUUUGAGUAAUUCUUGUGUUUUUU